AUGGUAGGGUCCUUUCGUUCUGCCGAGUCAGCUUCCGUACAAAACAGAAUACAGCAAUGGCAGGCACAGGGUGGCGGAGUUGUCGAAGUGGAGGAGAUUAGUUCAAACGACAGCGGAAAGGAGAAGAAGCCUGCAGAGACCCUUAUUGCUGACAAGCAACCCAACCCGACCACACCGAUUCCCCAAAAGGAUUCUCAACUUGCAUAUGAGACACCAAGAGCGAAUUCAAGACAUAAAACGAGAGAUCGGGGCACACAUGAAAGGGAAAUCAAGAUCCGUAGUGCGCCAACCAAACGGGUCGUGAGCGACGGUCAUUGGCGCAAGACGAGGAGUCCGCCAAAAGGUGAACUUUCGUCCAAGCUCGUAGGGGAUGAAGCAUCAACGUGGAGUAAGUGGAGUAAAAGCGAAAGGAAAUCGUUGGCUCCUGUAACAGAUGGCAAUCCCUCGAAUGAGGGCGACGUCUUGGAACUUCACAUACACUCGACUUCCCCAAGACUUAACGAUGAGGAUGCAAAUAGAUCCUACGUGACACCUCCUGGCUCAAGACGCCACUCCGAGAUUGAAUGCAAGCAACAUAGUGCAUCUCUCUGCGGAACAAGCGUGCCUGACAGCCCGGCAAAUGAUACUGCGAGAACGCCAGAUCGAAAAAGCUUGCGAAGGACGUCGGCAAAUACAGACAAGCAUUCACAUGCUGGCUCAUCAGCUACAAAGCAAAUGUGUGAACAUCGGCGAUUUAGCCCACACUCAGUGAAAGAAGUAGACCAUGUGACUUUGCCAGCUAGAAGUGUUCGGCGGGGAAGUCUACGCUCAGAGAAAGGAAAUCUCCUGAGCCAAGUUUUCAGCGAUUCUAGGAAGAUGUUUGCUAAACAUACACCGGAACCCAUUGUCUCACCACGAGUUCCUAGUAUCGAGGCUUGGUUAGACAGCACCUCAGACCCGUUCAUCGACGCUGAGGCACCUGUUGAAGCCGUUGCGCCCUUGAGACCAUCACGGAAGAAUAAAAUACCAAAUUCGCUGGGGUCGACCGCUGAUGAUCCCAACAACAUCUGGGAGACAUUAAGCACCAAUUUGACUACGCAGGGGACUGGUCUACGCGGGCCGGUCAGGAAGAGGGAAUUCGAUUUGAUCCCGGAGAGCGGGCCUGAUCGACCCGUUGACCUACCGCCAGAUGUUCCUAGCUCCGACCCCAUUCGUAUAUCGAAUCUUGACCACGCUCGGCUGGGUUCACCAGAGGCAUCCAUCGAGCCACUAAGGAGAAGAGUAGCCCGCAAGAGUGUAUCAUCACCCAUCCAUAAUCGUAGAAGAUCUCAGAAAUCGAGCCCGCUUGCUGGAAUGGAAGACAGGACUUCGAAAUCAAAUUCUGACGCGCCCUCAGCAGAUGACCUGGACAAAAAACCAUCGUUUAAACCACCUCCCCUCAAUAUCAAGAGGCAGUUUCCAUCGACAGGUCAACAUCGACUCUCAACCAUUGCUUCGGUAGAUACCCUCCAAACAACGUCAGAGAUUAUCACUCAUCCGCUACCAAUUUCUACCAAAGAAGCAAUCAACGGCGCUCGAGAGUGUAACGAUGCCCUCUGGAAGGAAGUGGCGAAUGCAAAUCUGCCAAAUCGUUCAAAUAGCCGACUUACCAAGCACUCCGACCUGAUUUCGGUCCUCUCGAUGCCAGUUGCAGGCAACGGAGGUAUCAAGUCUGCUCGAAGCCUCAGGACGAACAGGACUGAUCUAGAAGCAACAAAUGUUGAUGAGCUGAUGCAAGAGUUGAUGAUGGACGAGAGCAAAUAUGUGCGCGAGUUGCAGACGCUUGUCGACGGAGUCAUUCCCGUGCUAAUCAACUGCGUUCUUUCUAAGUCUGAUUCAGCGGUCGCUGCAGGCCUCUUUCAAGUGUCAGCAAACGCCCAGGGAAAUCCUGAUUUUAUACGACCGAUUAUUGACAUGGGCAUCGCCUUAGAGCGUCUGAGAACUAUCCACAGGAAGAUACCUCAGAAAGACCCUAGAUCUUUGCUUGCUUGGGCACGUGGUGCACAAAGAGUCUACAAUGAGUAUCUUCGAGCCUGGCGCCUCGGCUUUCAGGAUGUUGUCGUCAAUCUUGCAACGGCCUCGGCAUCAUCACCAGAAAGCAGUAACCAAGAAGGGCUAAAUGAGGGUCUUCCUAGAGAUGAAAAUGGCAACGUGAUCGAUGGUGAUGGUGAAAAAGUAGACGUUGCUUUUCUGUUGAAGAGACCGCUCGUUCGUCUGAAGUAUCUUGCAAAAACCUUGAAGGGAAUCAAUAUUACCUGCCCUUCUUCGGAAGCCGCUGGCCUGGCUGCCAAAUAUCAAGAGCUUGUUGAUGCUGCUCGACAACGUGUGGAUGAGGAGAGAGCGAGACUUGAAGACGAAGCUGCAGCUAAUAUCGAUGCUACUCGGUCAAGAGACCUUCGCACACUUGCACCUGUAUCUAAAGUGAUCAACAAGAGAGGCCUUCGCGUUCGAGCUCGCGAUAAUUUCGACCUUACUCUGCAGCACUCCAGUGGCCAGCGCAUCGACUGUCGCGUAGAGCUACUGCUUCGUGAUGAAAUCUCGGAAGCAGACGAGGCCGGUGAUGUGUUAAUCUGUGAAGUCGACGAGUCCGGAAGGUGGCUUUUGUUUCCUCCUGUGCCGCUUGAGCAGAUCUCAGCGUGUAGCGGAGAGCAGAAUGGUGAACUGACGGUCAUAAUCCGGGGUCAGAGCAGCGAUGGUUCUCAAUGGCAGGAAGUGUUCAGACUUUGUAGUGAGAACGAGGCGACUAACUUCGAAUGGAUUCAAAUGUUGGGCUCAGAACCAUUGCCAGCGCCGAUUGCAAGAGCCUCAAGCUUCACAGAAGGAGAGGAGAAGUACAAGUCUUCUGCUGGCCACCUUGUGCCCAAACCAGCCCGCAACCUAGAGAAAAGCAGGACUCCAAGCCCGGCAGAAGUCGAGAUACCGAUCGGUGAAAGACCUACCGAAUCGUCUAAGCGAUGGUCAAGCCAUUUUAAUUCUCAAGUGCCUGUAGCGGAAUAUCGGCACGCAGGAAGCAAUGUUGCUUAUGGUAGAGUAACAACACCAUCCGCGACAGGUUUGUCAUCUCUACCAAGUCAAAGCCACCAGUCUCCGCCGGCACCAUCGACGCCAGCAUCACGUAGUCCAAGGACAUUUAAAGAAGCACUCGGCCUGAGUGGUACCAGUGCUAUGUCAGGCUUGAGGAGAACGAAAGCUAAAAGGACCUCGAAGCACCUUGAUGGUUCCCCCAGAAGUCCAAGAUCCAGAACCUCCCGCCAUGAAGAUGAUUCAUAUUGCUCUUCCCCUACAUCUACCGAUCUUGACAUCGGCAAUGAAAAUGAGCUUGUACCUCUCUCAGCUCAGACAAGUAUCCAAAAUGAAAAUGACGAAGUGGUGGAGCCGGAAGUAAUGAAUGCGAAGACACCGGAUGCAUCUUUGAAGCGUGCUCCCAUAUCGUCUUCCGCGGAUUCACUCCUCAAUCCGAAGAUUCGGAGGGAACGUCCAGCCGAUGGAUUGACACAAGAAGUUCACUUGACUGAAACUCUGCGUCACAGUAAUGAUUCUUUGCCCACACAAGUGCUGAGAAAGGGACCACUUAGGCUUAAGCAAAAAUCUCAAAUUAUCACACCGUCACCGUCUGUUUCUGGACCUGAAUCGCAAGGCAACGCUCGGCCGGAUCCAGCCAAUCUAUCGCAGGCAGAGCGAAGCGAGCCACGAGCUAGACGUUCUUCUUCUCCACUCAAGCAUGAAUACGAGCCUUCAACAGCUUCAGAUACACCCUCAGAUUCGGACGCUUCAAUAAUUGAACAUCAUGAGUCGGCUUCAAUGACGGAAUCAUCGGAUGAGGAAGAUAUCGAAAAGCAUGAUGUUCCGACCCCUCUUAUGCCCUUGGGCCCAUUCCGGAAUACUAUGAUGAAACCCUCUCUUGUUGCCAAGGUCCCCACACCAGAGGGUACUCUCAAGCCGUCUGACUCGGCAUCCCAAGCUCCAUAUAAAACCGUGCCCACGCAAAGGCAAACGGCUGAGAAGACCAUCGCAUCAAUCUUCUCUUGGUCUGAUCAAGGUUCGUGGGAAAGCUUACAUCCAGAUGAAUGCAGCAUCGUCAUUACGCCGGGCUUAAUCGAGGCCUUCGAAAUGUCUGCAUCUCAUUCUGACAGUAGACCGCAGUCAGCUUCAGCUCAAAAGGCCGAUGUUGAAAGACUCACUGAUAAUGCCUCAACUGUCACCAGUCAAAAUGAUGAUGUUCAGGGUGAGCGACCUCUUGUCGCACUCGAGCUGACACCCUUGGUGCCGCUUCGGCGUGGUACUGCAAUCGACAUUUCCAUUCGAUCUCCCCCAGUCUCUAAUUGUAAACUUACAUCUGGCAACAACAUAAUGUUUCGGUCUCGAAGUCCAGAAGAGUGCGAAGCUCUGUACGCUCUCAUCAAUCAUUCACGUAUUCACAACCCAACAUACAUCGCACUUCAGAACGCUCGCGGUCCUUUCGGGCCUGGCUCGUCUUUCCCUGGACCAUUAGGCAGGGGACCCACCAGUCAAGCCGGUAAGUCCCGUAGUAGUUGGUUUGGCGGAUUCGGACGAUCUUCCAGCUACCGAGCAAGCACCAAGCGGACUUCGAGCGUUGCCCCGAGUGAAAGCAGUGUUGGGACGAUGGGCACUGCGUUCUCGGCUCUUCGACGGUUCGGCAGGGGCAAUGGGGGCGGUAUGUUCAAUAUAGCUCUCAGCACCAUAACAUCUCGAAACGGGGCAGGUAGUGGAGCGGGCAGUGUCUUUUCUAAUUCCGAUAAUUCAAGUGGCAGUGGUGCUGCGACACCAAUCACCCCAGGAAUGGUCGCAAAUCGCGAUGGAUCUUUGGGUUUGAAGGACGCCAAAAUUCGUUUGUACAUUCGAGAAACUGCUUCAAAGUGGAGAGAUAUGGGAUCUGCACGGCUUACUAUUCUCCAACCAGAGAAGCCAGGCGUUGGGCCAGAUGGCCGGCCACUGAAUGGAGUCCACCAAAAGAGAAUCCUUGUUACAGGCAAGACGAAAGGCGAAACACUGUUGGAUGCACAACUCGGAGAGAGUUGCUUCGAACGUGUGGCACGAACAGGAAUCGCAGUCAGCGUAUGGGAGGACGUCAUCGGUCCAAAUGGAGAAAUCGGAGUUGCUGGCGCUGUGGGUGGUGUCGCUGGCGGCAGAGCGAAGGUGUACAUGGUACAGAUGAGAAGCGAGGCCGAAACCGCAUAUACGUUCUCACUUGUAGGAAAGCUACGGUAUUAA